AUGGCCAUUUCUCGUUCUCUCUCCUUUUUUGUUCCUCUUCUGGUCAUCUUUGUCUUGACCAACUCUACCUCAAGUGAAGCCCAAACCCAAGAUGUAAUCGACGAAGUGUGUCGACAAAUGGAAGAAUAUGGUUUCUGCAACCGGACUUUCCAUGAGAACAUGAAAAGCCCAACAACAGACUAUGUUGGUCUCACAGCAAUAGCGAUGGACCAAACAAUAAAAAAUGCAAGCAACACAUAUGAUUAUAUCGUGCUUCUUGUAAAGAACACAACUGACCCAAAAUUCAAGUUUGCUUUAAUGGUAUGUGAGAGCGCUUUUAGUACAGUGAGGUCUUCUUUCCAGACUGGUUUGCAAUAUUUUAACAAAAAAGAUAAUGCUGGUAUGCUUAACGUUGAACAUGACACACCGAGAAGACAAGCCAACUGCGAGGCUAGUCUCAGUAUACAACCAACUCCAAAUCCAUUGGUUGAUAGGAAUAGGCAAAUGAGGAUUCUGAUUGCUAUGUCUUUGGUCACUGGACAUCAACUACUUCAUUGA